AUGAUACCCCAUAGGACUUCAAGCAUUUCCGAUGCAUCGACAUCAUCAGCUCAAGAGACAACUCAAACUGGCGCUCCUCGACGUCUACUCCCAGCUGCUCGGCCUGAGCCAGCUGAAAGUUCUUCUCACUAUCAGACUGCUCCCCUAGCAAGAAAACGAGCCCCAACACCCUUGGCAUGCGAAGCGUGUCGACAGAAGAAAGUAAAGUGUAACGGAGCUCGGCCGGUGUGCUCUCAAUGUCGUGCACGGAAAUCCGAGUGUGUUUACAGAGCGACGCCAGUCUCAGACUAUCGUGAUAAAUACGAGGAACUUCUAGAAUCACACCCUGCAGCGGUCGUAUAUCGAGCCAUUCAAACACGACCACGAACUGAAGCACUUGAAAUCGUCCGACGGAUACAAGCUGGUGUUGACGCCGAAACUUUGAUGCGUCAACUUUCAAGUGCCGAUUUACUCCUCCAAGUACAACUCGAACCAGAAACAAGGUCUAGGUAUCAGUUUAUCUACUCACCGCUCAUGCCUACAUAUCUCCAGACUGACGAUAAUCCCUUCAUGAAAUCUCUCAUACAUGAAUGGAGCACAAGAGAUGAUAUUGUUAGCAUUGCAUCUCCGGACUUUACAGAGACAGAUUUGGGAUGUCGGGCGCAGUAUUUGAGGCCUCAUCAUGCGGCAACGAUCGUCGACUCAAGGCUAGAUGAGAUAGUACCUUCGAAAUGGACUACUGUGGACGUUAGCAAUGAUACGAUGAGGGAGCUUAUACGUGCUUAUUUCCUCCAGGAAUAUGACUGGUUCACGUUCUUCCACAAGGACUACUUCUUGGAUGAUAUGGUCAAUGGAUCCAACACAUUUUGCUCAUCACUGCUCGUCAAUGCUGUUCUAGCAGUUGGAUGCCAAUGUCAAAACUAUGUGAACGAGCCCGCAGAGUAUUGGAAUCCCAAUAGCCUUGGCUAUAAAUUCCUCGAAGAAGCUAGAAGGCUAUGGAUAGUUGAGGUGACGCAUAACAGAAGUUUGACAACGCUGCAAGCAGCUCUGAUCUUGAAUACUAUCGUCAAUAUGUUCGAUAUGGACUUUUUAUCAUCAGCAUUCCUCGUCCGGUCAAUAGAAAUAGCACAUGAGUUGGGAUUAUUCGAACCGACGACAUACAUCAUGAACAAGAAGUUGAGAAACUCAUAUGAUCUUACAGCCUGGUCUUUGUUUCACUGGCAGUGUACACUGAGUUACCAAUUCAUGACACAGCCGUUGUUAAAAGCACCACCAAAGACUCCGCUUCCCGAUCCUGACCGCGAUCCAGACUGGUUUGGUGAAAUUUGGCUGAAGUAUCCUUCCAGUUUAACACUGGUGCCACUGAAGAUUGGCUUAGUUUUCAAAGCAAAGAUGAACUUUAGUGUAGUUCUUAACGAGGCCAUGUUAGAAAUCCAGGAAGAUUCAACUGAUUCUUACUUGUUUCAAAACGGGGGUAAAAAGAUGAUUGAAAUCACCAAAAGAUUGGAUGCAUGGUAUAAAUCCAUGCCAGAACCACUGUCGCCAACGAAGAUUGUUUCCCCUUCACAACUAAAGAUACAUCUACACCACUGCUAUGUCAUGAUUCAACUUUACGAAGUUCUUGCACCAGGAGCGCAAAGACAAGCCCCAAACCUUCCCGAAGAAGAACAACUUCAAACAAGCCUCUCCAAAUACCGAGGCUACUUCGAGACCAUUCUACGAAUUCACUACCUUCGACAUAGUUUUGAAUACGGAAACAUGAUGUUAACACGCUUUCUCGCAAUGCUAGCAUUUCUAUCCCUCAAGAAAACCGAAUCCUUGACAACAUCUACGGAGCCAGGACAUAUCAUGACGGGAUCUGGAUUAGAUGUUGGAGACACAGAUCCUAAAGAAGCAAGGGCUACGCUUUUAAUAGCCCAGAAGGGUCUCAGUGAUCAGGGGAGAGGUUACUACUUACCAAGAACAUUGUUGCGGGAUGUUCUCGCGAAUAUGACAGCGAGUGAUGCGACGAUUCUUCAGAGCUUUAUAACUAUUCCGCCUGAAAGGCCGGAGAAGUCGCAGGAGAGGAAAAUGUAUAUGGAGAGUCACUGUCCUCCGGAUAUUCUGCGUAUAGCGAAUGAUCCAAAUAAGCAGCCAGAUGGGAACUGGAUUCAGAGCUCUAACUCGUCACAUUUACUCACUGUUCAUACAUACUACGAAACCUCAUCACUUGGCCUUCCGCUUUCACCAUCACCACAACCAACAAUGACAGCUCCCACGAUCUCUAGCGGAUCUGUCUCGUGGCUUCAAGGCCUUCGAGGUAUUGGGGCCCUCCUCGUAUAUUUUCAUCAUCAUCAGCAAUUCCCACGAGACGAUGUCGAAGCCAUCAUGCUUGAGCGCUCCUUCGGAUACAGGGGGAGAUAUGAGCUAGCUACGAUGCCCAUCUUUCGCCUACUGUUUAGUGGAGGACACUUUGCAGUUGCAUUCUUCUUCGUUACCUCGGGAUACGCACUUUCGGCCACUCCCUUGCGGCUGAUACAUGCGGCAAAGUUUGAGCAACUAGGAGAGAUGAUUGCAUCUUCACUGUUCCGAAGAUGGCUGCGCUUGUUCGCUCCUGUUUUCCUUACGACUCUCGUUGUAAUAUUCCUCCAACAUGGUCUCGAGGCCAUGUGGCCAGGGAUUGGGCUCUCUGAGCUCUCUUUGUAA